GUCGACGUAAAAGGCGGGUAAUGAUAAUCGGUGCUUGGUUAGCAGCAUUACGCUUUGUUUGCGUACAGCCUGCCGGAAAUGAUUAGAAAAGCGCUUGGUUUAGCUUUGUUUUGAACUGUAUUAUAUGUAAAAUGGCCUGUAAAAGAGGAGCGCUCAUAGUCCUGGAAGGAGUGGACAAAGCGGGGAAGACCACGCAGUGUAAGAAGCUUGUGCAGGCGCUGGAGAUGAGUGGACGCCCGGCCGAGAUGAUGAGGUUUCCCGACAGGACCACCACCAUUGGACAGUUGAUUAGUGCCUACCUAGAGAAGAAAAGCAAUUUGGAGGACCACACCGUGCACCUGCUCUUCUCUGCCAACAGAUGGGAACUAGUGCCGUUAAUGAAGAAAAAGCUGGAGCAGGGUAUCACUUUAGUUGUAGACCGCUAUGCCUUCUCUGGAGUAGCCUUCACCAGUGCCAAACCUGGAUUCCAUCUGGACUGGUGUAAGAAUCCAGAAGUCGGUCUGCCCAAACCAGACCUGGUCAUGUUUCUGCAGCUGAACCCAUUGGAGGCAGCAAAGAGGGGGCAGUUUGGGGAGGAGAGGUACGAAAACAGCGAUUUCCAGAAAAGAGUCCAGACAAGGUUUGAAGAGCUAAUGAAGGAUACAACAGUUAACUGGAAGGUAAUUGAUGCUUCUCAAAGUGUUGAGGAUGUCCACAUGAACAUUCAAGACCACAGCUUAAAUGCGAUCAACAAAGCUCAGGACACGAAUGUUGGAGUGCUGUGGCAAUGAGCUUUUUCAUAACAAAAUGUUUGCGCCCUGACAAAUCUACUACUCUUACUCUCAGUAUUUUUCACAUUGCUGUUGGCUUAAUACUUUGGGGACCUAUAACAACAUUAAACAUGAUAGUGCCAAAUGCAGAGUUUGGAAUAUAGUUUUAGGUGGUGUUAAAUAUCUGAAAUUGUAUUACAAUAAUUGGGUAUCUAUCAGUCAUCAC